AUGUUACCGAAGCUUUUAAUUAAGAAUAAGCAUUUUAUGAUCGCAAGUGAAUGCAAUCCAUUGAGUUUAACAACUUUUUGCUGGAGGAGGUGUUUAUUCAACACAAGGAUAUCAACACUACCGAAGCCAUCGUGGCAGAGUCCAACUGGUGUUCAGAAACGAUCACCGAAUGAGGCGAAAAGCGCGGAAUCCGCACAAUUGGCUGAUUAUGCACGACUGCAUUGGGAUGACAGAGUGACAUGCAAUGAUCCUUUGGUGAAUUCAUGCAUGAUCACUUCAAUUGUUGCAUUCUGUGGAACACACUCCUAG